ACACAGACAGUCAGAAGUACAAGCACUGGUCUGUACCACUUAGUCUGGUCGGUGGUUUUCUCACUUGGCCUCAGUUUGUGGGUCAAUAGGUCAAGUUUUCACAUAUGAGCCUCUUGAAAGCUAUGCUAAUAAAAACACAGUUUUGGGAUUACGGUUAGCUCAGCAGCUAGCCAAAAAUGGCUAAAGUAUGCAAAGAAGAAAAGUUAUACAAAUAUAAAAAUACAGAACAAUUAGCACGAAGAAAAUGAUGUAAACAACAGCUAAUUAUGAAGUUUCUCUUGUUUUGUUUCUCUUGUUUUUACCUUUAGCCAUGUUUAUUUUAGCCAAAUGAUUUGUUACCCAAAUUGUGUUGUAUUUCAUGUAAUAUUUUUAGCUGAUGUUUGGCCUUUGUAUCGAACUGACGGCACCGGCAUCAAAGAGAAAAGUUGAUUAAAGGAUGAUCAAAGGAUGAGCAGAUGAAGCAAGAGCGGGACAUCACAGAGGAAGUCAUCAGACAGUGGAGUUGAAAAAUACCUGGCUGAUAAAUUCAUCUGAGCCAUGAACCUGCUGCUCUUCAUUACUGUGUUUUUGCUGCCACCUCUGGUCGCAACACUGGAAAAACACUCACCGCUGGAAUCUGUCCCCCGAAAACAUGUGCUCCUUCAUGGAGUCAAGGCUCAUCGCUUUCACCAAGAAGGCGUCCUUAACUACACCUCCAUGUUGUUGAUGGAAGACCUGGGUCUGCUGGUGCUGGGUGCCAGGGAGGCAGUGUUUGCUCUGGACCUCCAUGACAUCUCCAAAGGAAAAGCCUCAGUGAGAUGGGAAGCCAUGGGGGAUCCGGUGAGAAAUUGUCUGGUUACGAAAGCUGAGGUGCUGUGUAAGAACUACAUCAUGGUCCUGCACAGGAUCGAUGCCCACAGGAUAUACGUGUGUGGAACCUAUGCCUUCAGACCAAAGUGUGUCAACAUGACUUAUGUCGAUGGAAAACUGACUCUGGAGCAGAAGGUGGAGGACGGCACAAGAAAGGGUCCGAUUGAUCCAGACAAGCGAUCGGCCUCCAUCUUAGUCGAUGACAAGCUCUACUCCGCCACCUUUAAAGACUUUCACGGCAAACAGGCCAGCUUUUGCAGGUCUGGGAUCUGCAACACAGAGAACAGGUUGUUUAAUGAUCCCACUUUUGUCUCCAUGUCUUUUGUGCCUGAGAGUCAGAACAGCCCAAAUGGAGACGAUGACAAGAUCUACCUGUUCUUCAGUGAGGAAGCUGUGGAGUGUAAAUGCAACAGCAAUCUCCUGGCCUCCCGCGUGGCCCGUGUCUGCAAGGGAGACCAAGGGGGUAAUCGGGUUUUGCAGAAGAAGUGGACGUCAUUCUUGAAGGCCAGAAUUGACUGUCCGGUGCAGAAGAACCAGUGGUCGAAUGUCAUUGAGGGCUCCUAUCUUCUGUGUGACCCCCAGCAGCAGUGGCAGAACUGUGUCUUCUAUGCCAUCUUUAGACCACAGCAGGACACAGACGGCCCCUCUGCUGUGUGUGGCUACAGUCUGUCUGACAUCAGCCGAGUGUUCUCAGAAGGAAAUUACAAGACCGAAAAAUGGAUCACCUCCAUCUUUUCUGCUUGGCAUCCAUAUGAUGAGAAGGUUCCCUCCCCCCGGCCUGGAGCUUGUAUCACCAAUACAGAUCGUGAACAGGGUAUAAAUGACACUCGAGAUCAAAACCCCGACACUCAUGAAUUUGUCAAAAGGACAUUCCUCAUGGACGAGGCCAUCCAGCCAAUAGGAGGAAAGCCCCUGUUACUACGACGGGGGGCUACAUUUAACCACAUCAUUGUCACCCAAACGACGGCUGCAGACGGCCAGAAGUACAAUGUGAUGUUCGUGAGCACAGAGGACGGAACUGUGCUGAAAUCUGUGAACUACAAUGGUGAGAUUUUCACCAUUGAGGAAAUGCAAAUUUUCCAGCCAGGAGUGCCAAUCAGAACGCUGACGUUUUCAAGCAUCACGAAUCAGCUGUAUGCAGGGUCGCACUCUGGUGUGGCCCAGAUUCCACUGGCCAGCUGUGACAGAUCGUCAUCCUGUGUGGACUGUGUUCUGUCCAGAGACCCACACUGUGGCUGGGACAAGUCAUCUGGGAAGUGUGUUGCCCUUACCGACUCGACCAGACAGCUGAUCCAGAGUGUUCGAGAUGGAAAUGCUAACCUUUGUCCUAACACCCAAGAUUCCAUCCAAACGACAGAGCAGUCCACCUGGUCAGGUGGGAACCUGAAGCUCAGAUGCCCUUUGACCUCCAACCUUGCCACAGUCAGCUGGGAGCGCGACAACCAUCCACUCAAGCUUUCCGACAGACUCCAGCAACUAGACGAUGGACUGCUCAUCCUGAACGCUUCAGGGACGGACAGUGGUCAGUACAAGUGCCUGUCAGUGGAGCGCUCAAAGACUGGUCAGUUCUCCACCAGUGUGGCCAGGUUCAAUGUUAAAAUAACUGCAAGAACAGAUUCAGGCAUGAUGGCUGCCAUUCAAGGACUGGGCGUGGUGGUGGCGCUCCUCGCGUGUCUUAUCGGCCUUUUGUUUUGGACCAUUUACAAACAGCAACAGUUUCCCAGCGGCACGUCAAAGAAAAAGGACAGUAAAGGCAGAGGACAAGUCUCUGAACUUCACUGAGACACGCCAACACUCAGCAGUCGCCAACUGAAGCCGGGGCUUUUACAGAGGGAGCAGCACAUUAUUUAUGGCACUGGUUUAUUUCAGUAACAAAUAUUAUUGGUUGGUUGGUUGGUUGGUUGGUUGGUUGGUUGGUUGGU